GACUAGGUAUUGAGGAGGAGAAGGCGCAGUAGCUUUGAAGGUUGCUGCCGCCUCGGUUUGGUGGAAUGGAGAUGAACGGCACCGAAAGCAGCCUGAAUGGCACCGAGGUCAAUCGCACUUCCGCACCGAUCUUCACCAUCGGCACAGAUUUCAUCACGCAAUGGAAGCUGAAGAGACAACGGGAGCGUCUAUGUCGAUUCGUGUAUAAUCAGAUUUUGAGGGCAGAAUGUACCCAGCUAAAUGGAACAUGGCCUGACCCGGAUGAUCCGCGCUGGAACAGCGGUGAAUACGCGGAACUUUUGCCCGACUGGUUCCCGACAAACGCGACAAAUACCUCGACUUUCGGAAACGCAACGACCUCCUCGACAUCGGAAUCUCUAGUGCCCGUUUUGCCACCAUUUACGCUCUGGCAGACCAUACUGAUUGCUAUCUGCUUGGCGAUAUGCAUACUGCUAACUAUCGGUGGUAACAUCCUCGUUCUUCUGGCAUUUAUCGUAGAUAAAGCCAUCAGGCAACCGAGCAACUAUUUCAUUGCAUCAUUAGCUGCCACUGAUAUGCUUAUCGGCACCGUGUCGAUGCCGUUCUACACAGUCUACGUGUUAAUGGGAUAUUGGAAUCUAGGACCUCUCCUCUGCGAUCUAUGGCUGUCAGUGGACUAUACGGUAUGCCUUGUGUCUCAGUACACUGUUCUGCUGAUCACGAUCGAUCGCUUCUGUUCGGUGAAGAUAGCCGCGCAGUAUCGCAGUUGGCGGACGGAACAGCGCGUAAUCUGGAUGGUGACCAUCACCUGGAUCAUACCUGCGCUAUUGUUUUUCAUUAGCAUCUUCGGUUGGGAGCAUUUUAUUGGUUACAGAGACCUACAUCCGGGCCAGUGCGCCGUACAGUUCCUCAAAGAUCCGGUAUUCAAUACCGCGUUAAUAAUAGGAUAUUAUUGGACGACGUUGAUCGUUCUGUUCAUCCUUUAUGGCGGUAUAUACAAAACCGCUUAUGACAUGCAGAAGAAAAGUGAGGCCAAGCAGCGUAAGAUGCAAUCGAUGGUCGCGUUGAGCGCCGGCGCGAUGUCCGGUAUGGCCGGUCGCGCUGCUGGUAUAGGUAUUUCUAAAACACAGAGUACUUUGCUGAGUCAGGACAAACCGAAGAUUGGAGCUACGUCAAUAGAUGAUAGUGUCAUUGGCAUGGACGCGACAACUACACAAAAAAUGAUCUCAAAAACUGAUGGCGCAUUGCUGCCGGAUUCAAGCAAAAACAUUUCGAAUAUCACGGUGAUGGAAACUGAGAAAUCCGAACGCUCCAGUAGCCCUGCUUUCGACUCCGACGAGGAAAGCACCAUCGGUACCUCACAGCCAGUUAAUAUCAGAAAGCGGUCUUCGCUGGCGGGUCUAGUAGCCCAAUCCGGUGCUCUACAAGUUUUCGCCACCAACGGACGCCUGAACGGCAUUGUACCGAUCAAAGUUGAGCUGAGUGUGCCAACGGCGAAGAAACUUUUGCCGACGAGUCCUACGCGCGACACGUCGACGCAGAAAGCUCAAACACUGCCGAAGAUACAGGAGCUUAGUCUUCUAGACACCGAUAAUCCCGCCGAGCCCGACAAGUCCAGCAGCCGAACAUUGACGCCAGAACAAUCCUUAAAAUCAAAUGAUGCCGAUGGCAAUCUACAAUCAAUUAUCUCGAUCGAGGUGACACCACCCACUCAACUUAAGCGAACGUCGAUUAGUAACAGUCAACAGAACAUUAUACCGCCGCCUAUGCAGUUUCAAAGUAGUCCGCCAGUAUCGGACAGUCCGACAAUGUCCUCGUCGACCGAUAGACCUAGAUCAUUGAUCGUAUGCUCUCACGGUCAUGGCACUUAUGAUAUCCUUACUGGUUUGGACGGCGGCGAUUUGCGGUACAUGGAUGAGAGCUCCAUUAUCUUGCCCAGUCCUUCUUACGAGAGUCCACCGUCUUCCUUCUCCUGCAGCCUGGCUAAUCCGCUGUCAACAGCACCCCCGUCGCCUAUUUUGGGUAACACCAUGACAGCCGGCGCGAGUACCAGCCUGUUGCAAACCGCUCUUAUCAGGGCGACGGCGCAGCAAGCUGGUACCAGUCAGCUUGCUCAAAUCGCACAGAGCAAACAGCAUCUGCACCAUCCACCUAUAAUGUCUAAUGCAUCGAGUCAAACGCACCCGCCGCGCGUGUUCAUCACACAUCAGACAAACGUCGCGUCGCAGACAUCACCCAUCAACAAGGUACACACUGAGGUCUCCGUCAAUACUGAUAAGAUGAAGCGUCAAGCGGUGACGACAACGACGGUGAUCACAACGACUGCGGCUAUGCCGAUAGAAUCGUCUAAUAGUACGGAACAAUUCUCAGAUCAACCCACCAAGGCGAGUAGUAAUCCGCCACAGAAUUCAUCAUCUAGCAGCAUAAUGCCGACAGCCUCGGUCGCCACGAAUAGCCAGGAAGCGAAGAGUCAAUCACAGAAGAAGAAGGAAACAUCGGACACGGAACAGAACGGCUCCAGGCGCGACUUUGUGAAGUCUAUUGGGAAACGAUUGAAAGCUAAAACGCAGAAAAAGGAUCUCAUGGUAGGCCGACAAAAAUCACGAACAGAGAACAGAGCGCGCAAGGCCUUUCGUACGAUCUCUUUCAUCUUGGGGGCGUUUGUCGCUUGCUGGACACCUUAUCACGUAUUAGCACUGGUAGAAGGAUUCUGCUCAAAUCCACCAUGCACGAACGAGCAUCUCUUCAUGUUCUCAUAUUUUCUGUGCUACGCCAAUAGUCCUAUGAAUCCUUUCUGCUACGCUCUGGCGAAUCAACAAUUCAAAAAGACCUUUACCAGGAUACUGAAAGGUGAUUUACAUAUGACGUAAAGUACUGUGGAUUGUUCGACAGAAUAUUCGUUUUGAUAAUUAAUGUAAGCGACGCGAACUGUUUUUUUUGUGGAGAAGAUGGCCUUCCAUAUUUAAUACCGAAUUACACUCACUUGUCGUAACUGUGGUGAACUCGGACAAUAAUAAAAUGAGAAUAAUAUUUUAAGACUCGCCGGCGAAGUCAGAAGUGUUACGCGCCUUUUGUACAUAAUACGCA